UCCGCCCGUCUCUGUGGUAGCCGGGUGCCGGGGGUGCCGGGGCCCCUCCCCGGGGCCCCUCCCUUCUUCCGCGGCAGCGAGUUCUUCGGACUUUACCCUGAGCGGACCCGGGGGCUACUGGGCUCCCGCGUCGGUCGGAUUCCGGGUCAUGGCUGUCCGGGGGCCCGCGCCCCCGGCUGGCACCCGGCCCAGGUUAGAUCUGCAAUUUUUCCAGCGGUUCCUGCAGAUACAGAAGGUUUUGUUUCCCUCUUGGUCAUCACAGAAUGCCUUGAUGUUCCUGACCCUUUUGUGUGUGGCCCUACUGGAACAACUGGUGAUCUACCGGGUUGGCUUGAUUCCCAGUCAGUACUUUGGGGUCCUAGGAAACAAAGAUUUAAAUGGGUUUAAGACCCUGACGUUCCUGGCUGUUGUGCUCAUCGUCCUCAACUCCGUGCUGAAGAGCUUUGACCAGUUCACCUGCAACCUGCUGUAUGUGAGCUGGAGGAAGGACCUCACCGAGCACCUCCACCGCCUCUACUUCCGGGGCCGCGUGUACUACACCCUCAACGUGCUGCGGGAUGACAUCGAUAACCCGGACCAGCGCAUCAGCCAGGACGUGGAGCGGUUCUGCCGGCAGCUCAGCAGCAUGGCCAGCAAGCUGAUCAUCUCCCCCUUCACCCUCGUCUACUACACCUAUCAGUGCUUCCAGAGCACCGGCUGGCUCGGGCCUGUGAGCAUCUUUGGGUAUUUCAUUCUGGGAACCGUGGUGAACAAAAUGUUGAUGGGUCCCAUUGUGGCAAAGCUGGUGCAGCAGGAGAAGCUGGAGGGGGAUUUCAGGUUCAAGCACAUGCAGAUCCGGGUGAAUGCUGAGCCUGCUGCUUUUUUCAGAGCUGGGCACGUGGAGCACAUGAGGACAGACCGCAGGCUGCAGAGACUCCUUCAGACCCAGAGGGAGCUGAUGUCCAAGGAGCUCUGGCUGUACAUCGGUGUCAACAUGUUUGACUAUCUGGGCAGCAUCCUGAGUUAUGUCGUGAUCUCGAUCCCCAUUUUCAGCGGCGUCUACGGAGACCUGAGCCCCACAGAGCUCAGCACCCUGGUCAGCAAGAACGCCUUUGUGUGCAUGUACCUCAUCAGCUGCUUCACCCGGCUCAUUGACCUCUCCACCACACUCUCCGAUGUGGCAGGCUACACACACAGGAUCGGGGAACUUGAGGAGACCCUGCUGGACAUGACCCUGAAGUCACGGGAUGGGGAGAUCCUGGACGAGAGCGAGUGGGACUUGGCCAGGGCCCCGGGAUGGCCAGCAACAGAGCGAACAGAUACAGCUUUUCUCCUUGAGCGGGUCUGCAUCUCCGCCCCCUCCUCUAACAAACCCUUAAUCAAGGAUCUGAGCCUGAAGAUCUCUGAGGGGCAGAGCUUGCUUAUCACAGGCAACACAGGCACCGGCAAGACCUCCUUGCUCCGGGUUCUGGGUGGCCUCUGGGCGAGCACAUGGGGCACAGUGCAGAUGCUGACGGACUUUGGACCCCACGGGGUGCUGUUCCUGCCACAAAAGCCAUUCUUCACUGACGGGACCCUUCGGGAGCAGGUGAUAUAUCCCUUGAAGGAGAUCUACCCGGACUCAGGUUCUGCUGAUGAUGAGAGGAUCAUGAGGUUCCUGGAGUUGGCAGGCCUGUCCAGCUUGGUGGCAAGGACAGAGGGUCUGGACCAGCAGGUCGAUUGGAACUGGUAUGAUGUUCUGUCCCCAGGAGAGAUGCAGAGGCUCUCCUUUGCCCGGCUCUUCUACCUGCAGCCGAAGUACGCAGUGCUUGAUGAAGCCACCAGUGCCCUGACCGAGGAGGUGGAGAGCGAGCUCUACCGCAUCGGCCAGCAGCUGGGCAUGACGUUCGUCAGCGUGGGCCAUCGGCGCAACCUUGAGAAGUUUCACUCCUUGGUUCUGAAACUCUGUGGAGAAGGAAGGUGGGAGCUGACCAGAAUCAAAGUGGAAUGAAGCCAAGGCUGGCCACCGGCAGGAGAGCCGAGCCCAGGAGGUCGAGUCCCCAGGAGAGACCAGGAGGGCUGAUGGGGCAAGGAAGGAGCUCCAGGUUUGCCUCACAGGUCCCGUGUGGGGAGCACCAGCAGCAGUGGACCCAGCCCACGUGUGACCCUCAUCCUGCCAGGGUGCCUCCUGCCUCAGCCAGAGCUUCGUACACUUGAAGUGCUGAUUACUUAACGUAUAACCUCAGAUCGUGUUUUCUAAAGAAAACCUGAAAGUGUGGGAUCUAUAAGAAAUGCAGGGUCAAAAUGGAGAGUGUAUUGGACUUGGAGUCAAGUGAUCCAGAAAUCUUUUAGAAUACAUCAAUUUUGCAACAGUAGAUUUUUAACUUUAAUCAACUAUUUAAAUUUUAUAACUUUUUUAAAAAGAAAAGAUAAACAUGUUUUUAAACUUGCAACUUUCCCCUUUUUUCUUUCUUUAUCAUCAUAAGAUCUUUUUUUUUUUUUUUUUUGGCCCCGCCAUGCGGGAUGCAGGAUGCAUGCAGGAUGUGAGAUCUUAGUUCCCCAACCAGGGAUCAAACCCGUGCCCCCUGCAGUGAAAGCAUGGAGUCUUAACCACUGGACUGCCAAGGAAGUCCCUAAGAUAACCUUUUUUUUUGUGUGUGUGUGGUAUGCAGGCCUCUCACUGUUGUGGCCUCUCCCGUUGUGGAGCACAGGCUCCGGACGCACAGGCUCAGCGGCCAUGGCUCACGGGCCCAGCCGCUCCGCGGCACGUGGGAUCUUCCCGGACCGGGGCAUGAACCCGUGUCCCCUGCAUCGGCAGGUGGACUCUCAACCACUGCGCCACCAGGGAAGCCCCGAAAUAAUGUUUUUAAUUGACUCUCCAGGCUUGUCUUUGAGAGCCUGGGGGGUGGGAGCAGCACUCUCCACUGUGCUAGAACCUUAUGCCCGUUGGUUCUUCACUUCACUGGCAUCUCCCACUUACCCAUUGCCAAUUGUCCCUCAGCCACUAACAUCGAGGGCCCUUCUGCUUUUCUUAACCCAGAUGAAAAUAAAUCCCGUAAUAUUUUUAAGUUAAUUCAUUUCUU